UCAUAUUUCUCAUGCUCACAUUUUUUUUUCUUCUUCUUUUACCUAAGGUUUGGCCCUAAGGAAAGAAAGCUCUAGAGAGAGGAGAGAUUUGUUGAGGAGAGGAAAAAUGGAUAGGUACCAGAAGGUGGAGAAGGCAAGGAGGGCAGAGGAAUCCAUAAAGGAAAAUGAGAUCAGAGUCACUGCUCAAGGUCUCAUUCGUAAUUACAUUAGCUAUGCCACCACUCUUCUUCAGGACCAAAGAACAAAGGAAAUUGUUUUGAAGGCAAUGGGACAGGCUAUCAGUAAAACAGUUGCCGUUGCAGAGAUUAUAAAGAAGAGAAUUCCCGGGUUGUAUCAAGAUACAUCUAUAAGCUCAACUACCAUAACUGAUGCAUAUGAGCCCAUUGAAGAGGGUUUACAACCCUUGGAGAUAACUCGCCAGGUCUCCCUGAUAACAAUUACUUUGUCGACUGUUGAGUUGGAUAAAAGCUCUCCCGGCUACCAAGCCCCAUCUGAUUAUGACCAGUCAAAAGCAGAGAAUCAACAUCUACAGCAAGCAAAACAAGUGUAUGUUCCUUCAGAUGGUAAUCAAGAUUCAUAUGGUGGCCGUGGUCGUGGUCGAGGUCGAGGUAGGGGCAGAGGUAGAGGGCGAGGAAGGGGACGUGGCUGGGGUGGUUAUGGAAACUACUACCAAGAUGAUGGCGGAUAUUAUAAUCCAGGUCGAGGUGGUGGAUUUGCAGAUAAUGGUGGAAAUUAUAAUCCAGGUCGAGGUGGUGGAUUUGCAGAUAAUGGUGGAAAUUAUAAUCCAGGUCGGGGUGGUGGAUUUGCAGAUAAUGGUGGAUAUUAUAACCCAGGCCGAGGUGGCGGUCGAGGUAGAGGUUGGGGAUACCGUGGCACGGGAUACGGAAGGGGCAGAGGUGGAGGCUGGGGUGGUGGCAGAGGUUAUAGUCGUGGACAAGGCCGAAUGGGUGGUCGGGGAAGGGGCGGUGGAAAUCAAGACUUAUCUGUUUGAGCUUAAACCUAUAGCUUGAUAUUGCAGAACCUCUGGUAUAAAUGAAACUUUUUGGGUGAAUUUUCAUGCAGUUUUGUUGAUGUUACUUGGCAAAGGUUUUGCUGUUUGGUGGUUUCUUUUGCUGUAGUUGGAGAGCCGCCAUUUGUUGGCUCUUAUUUUCCCCUUGAUUCAUUUCUUCGUGAUGCCCUGUAAUAAGUUUUCAUUUUUCCAGUGUAUAUAAACUGUUUACUUCACUUUC